AUGAGUCUGUUUACGUGCCCCAAUUCAUCGCGGGUGCUGCUGAGGUCUGCUCUUCAAAGAGCAGUCUCGAGGGCAUCAUCGACUGCGACUCAACAACCGUUUAUACCAGCUCGAUGGAUCUCUGGCCGUUCGUCUAGUAACCGAAACGGUCUCUUAUCGACUAUCAACUGCCGAAACAACCCCUUCGGAAACAACCACACAUCGUACGAGACCCGACGAACAAUAUUCUUCGACAAGACGAUCCGGAAUUAUGAGGAGCUGCCGAGGGAUUACAGGGACCAAGCCGGUCUUCAGUUCAGAAGCAAAGACUUGACGGAAGCAGAAGUAGUCAUGGCCCUUGGAAAGGGCAUCAACGCCAAGAGGGCGAACCAAUUGCUACGUAUUCUCCACGGCCGUCGGGUUGCAGGCACCCUCGAUGAUCCAGCGUUUGCCGUCCAUACAUCAUAUUUUACCAAAGGUCAAAUAAAAAAGGGACUCGAAUAUCUGCGAAAGACAGUGUCCGUUGACGAAGUCAUGAACGCAGGACUUCGGGCUGAGGACGAACUUGCACAACUCGAGGCGGAAAGAGAGGCUGCGGAAAAGAAAAAGGCGAAGCCAGCGUCCAAGAAGAACAAGGGCAACAAAGAAGUCGAAGAGCCAGCUGCCCCAGUUUACAAAGCAGACCCUGUCUACGGCCACAGCAAGCUUGACGAAAUCCGAGCACAGAACGUGGCCAAGCGCAAGGCCCAGGAAGCUCUUGAGGAAGAGAAGCGCAAGGCAGCUGAGGCAAGAGGAGAAGUGAACUCUGGCACUCUGGCCAACCUUGACCACAAGGCAGAACGUCAGAUCGCCAACCCCAAGAUUGCUGAGUACUACAAGAACGCCCAGUCUGACUUGGAAGCCCCUGUUGAAGUCAGGACUUGGGAGCGUAUUCUUCCCUCGGCUACACUUGUUGCUCUUGUCGUUGGUUUCCUUGCUGCUGUUGCUACCGUCUAUGAUGAGCCUGCCUCUCGCUACCGUGUUUUCCCUGAUGUCUCAACUGCACAUGCAACUCUCGGAGCUAUUGUUGGUGUCAAUGUGCUUGUCUGGGCGGCAUGGAAGGCUCCUCCUUUGUGGAAGCUAUUAAACCGCUACAUGAUCAUCGCCGUUGGCGCCGUAAAGCCUGUUACCAUGUUCACUGCGCCUUACUCUCAUCAGGGCAUUGCCCACUUGGCUCUCAACAUGUUCCCUCUCUUCCUUGUUGGUUCUGCUCUGCACGAGGAGAUUGGACGUGCCGACUUCCUUACCCUUUACACGGCCUGUGGUGCGGUUGGUUUCGUAGGCAGUGUUGCUACCUAUGCCGUGCGAGGCAUGUUGGGAGUUACCACUCUGGGUGCUUCUGCAGCAACGCUUGGUGUCUGUGCCGCGUUCUUCUGGGAUCACCGCCUUGACGGAUUCAGGUUCUUUGGACUGCCUCAGGAUGGCGUGCCAGGCAUUAUCUUCCUAGCACUUUUGUGCGUGCCGCAGCUUGCCGCCUUGGGCAAGACGGUCAAGUUGCAGAUUGACAUCGCAUCGCACUUGUUUGGUCUCGCGUCAGGAAUUGUGGGAAUGGAACUUAUCAACCGUAAAAGGGGAGACCGGGGCAAGGAGGUAUUCCAUAUUGGACCUCGAGUGCCUCAAUACGGACAGUCGACUCCACGACCCAACUGA